AUGCCGGAUGGCAGCUCCCGUGACUCAUGGUUCAGAGUGAGGAAUUCAGGACCGACCGAGUCCUUCCCUGGCGAGAGGAGGCACACCAAGAGGCAGCUGACUGUUGGCUGCACAGUCAGUGACUCUGGUUCCUAUUUCCCUUUGCCCCGUUCAGGCAGCCCUUACGCCCAGGUACCCAUCUUCCCGCUGGUUUCUAAACAAGACGCGACGACACUGGCAAAACCAAAAAAAGGCUUGCGGAAGGUGGCGAGGCAGAGGAAUGAGCCAACCGCUUCGUUUGAGAGCCACUUCUUCCGUGAGAGAAACCGGGUGCGGGAGGCAGCUGCUCUGAAGCCUCCUGCUCACCACGGAAAGCAGAGACGCUCCCCUGACGUCAACGCUGAGUGCCCGAACGCACCACGUCAUCCGACAACAGACAGCCCGGGCAAGACACAAGCGCAAAAGGCGCAGGCAGCCAAGCGGUACGGGCACAGCCUGGCCCUCCGCCAGCGCCGCAGCCUGCUGAAGCUGCGGCGGAAGAUCGGCAGGGGCCAGAUCGGCCCGCAGACGGGCAGCGAGCGCUUCCACCGCACCUUCUGCGCCUACUCCCGGUCGUGGAACGCCCGGCGGGAGCUGGUGACGGCCGCCGACCUCCGCAGACUGGACCGCCGGCUCGCGGGCGGCGGAGGCAGGGAACGGCGAUGGACACCAGGCGAGGGCGGUGCCGGUGCCUGCCGGCUCUGCCGCAGGCGGGAUAAUGUGGAGUGGUCAGAAGAGCAGGAAGCCAGUGCCAGGAGUAAAGUUCAAGAGAACAGCUCACAGCUAUUGCCACAAGAUAAACAAGAGGAAUACGAGGUGAAUGCUAAGAGGUACUGGGAUGACUUUUAUAAAAUCCAUGAAAAUGGCUUCUUCAAGGACAGGCACUGGCUGUUCACUGAAUUUCCUGAGCUGGCACCUAACAGGAACCCAAGUCAAAAUGGGGAUUCUGUGCAUGAAUUUAGUAACAAAGAAGAAUCCAACAAUGAAGGGCCGGGAAGCUGUGAAAAUGGACAUUGUUCAUUGGAAACCAGGGCAGAGAAUCAGUUAAACCUGAUAAAAAGCACACCUAAGAUCUGCACAGAGGAGUUGGCUACACAGAAGUAUAGUGAGCGGAAUCAAAGUGAUGGAGAUUACCCAGGAUCAUCUGCAUCGUACCGUAUAUUAGAGGUUGGCUGUGGCGCUGGAAAUACAGUCUUUCCAAUUUUACAAACCAACAAUGACCCAGGCCUUUUUGUUUAUUGCUGUGAUUUUUCUACAACAGCUGUGGAUCUUGUCCAGAACAAUGCGGAAUACGAUUCUUCUCGCUGCUUUGCGUUUGUCCAUGACCUGUGCAAUGACCAAAGUCCUUUCCCAAUGCCAGAUGUGAGUCUUGACGUUGUUAUUCUUAUCUUCGUCCUCUCAGCGAUUCUCCCAGAGAAGAUGCAAUGCAUCGUUAACAGACUGAGUCGCCUUCUGAAACCAGGAGGAAUGAUUUUGUUACGAGAUUAUGGCCGUUACGAUCUGGCCCAGCUUCGGUUUAAGAAAGGCCAAUGUCUGUCUGAUAACUUCUAUGUGAGAGGUGAUGGCACCAGAGUCUACUUCUUCACACAAGAUGAAUUAGAUGAUCUCUUCACAACAGCUGGGCUGGAGAAAAUCCAGAAUCUGGUUGAUCGGCGAUUGCAAGUGAACCGUGGGAAACAAAUGACAAUGUAUCGAGUAUGGAUCCAGUGCAAAUACCGCAAGCCUGCUGCCCCUCAACUGUGAGGAAACAGGGCAUGCUUUUUAGGUUGGAGCCUCUUCGUGGCCAUGGGCAGUGUGUCCUCCUGGUGAGAUGUGGUUUUACAGAGUCCAGCGCACACAGGACCUCAGUGCCUUUUACAGUGCCUAGCAUCACUUCAAGUGAGUUCUGCUAAGGACGAAUGCUCUAAGAGGAGACCAAGCAGUAUUUUAGAUGUCUUGCUACUGGUCUGAGUUUUUUAAAUUAUUUAUGGUUUUAACAACUUAAGAAAUGGCCAAGCUGUCUUACAGCAGCUGAGCAAGUUGAGUAGUGACUCUUACUCUGGAUUUCCACAUGAAACAGGAGAGCUUCGACCU